AUGGCAUCUGAUAGCUACCCAUCACAUGAGGGCAGGAAGAAGAAGAGUGACGGAUGUGUAAAGAGCAAAGACAAAGAGGCUGAUGUCCUGAAGGUCCGGGUGGACAUAGAGGAGCUCACAGCCUCUGGCCACAUUGCCCUAAAGCAAGGGUACUGCAAAGAAGCCCUCAGCUGUUUCAAAAAGGCCUUCAAAGCUUCCAUAGAGUUAAAGGAGACCAGGGUCCAGCAGGCAUGUGCCUUUAACCUGGGAGCUGCCUACGUGGAGGCGGGUAAAGCCCUGAAGGGGCUGGACUUCCUGAAGCAGGCCCAGCCAGGAGAGAAGGGGGAGCGGGUAGCAGACCUCCAGUUCAACCUGGCCGUAGCCCAUGAGACCCUGGGGAACCACGGCCAGGCGGCUGGUCACUACCUCCAGGCAGCCCAGCUGUACCGCUCCCAGGGGGACGGGGCUAGUGAGGGGGACACCUGCAUGAAAAUGUCCCACUGUCACCUGCUCCUAAAGGACUGGACCCAGGCAGCUCAGAGCUUCCAGAGGGCUGGGGAGAGCUACAGGAUGGCAGGCAAGCUGGACUCAGCCACCAUGGCCUACAAAGAGGCAGGGAGUCACAUGCUCCAGUCAGAUGACUUCACCAUGGAUGAUAUCAUCACCGUGCUCACUGAUUGCCUUGAGCUGAGCAACAACAUCAAAGACCCAGAGUUGCUCGGUAAGGUGUACAACGACCUGGGCCUGAGUUUCUCCCAGCUGAAGUUGUUCCAGGAGGCAGCCGGGUGCUAUGAGCGGGCCCUGCCCCUGGCCAGCACCAGGCCCAGCAGGCUGGCCGUGGUCCUACAGAACCUGGGAGCCGUUCACAACACACUGAGCCAGUACCGGCAGGCCCUGGACUACCACCGCCAGGCAGCCAGCCUGCAUGGGUCUUUGGGCAGUCGUCGUGCUCAGGGCCGCUGCUUCAGUAACUUGGCCUUUGCUCUCAGUCAGCUGGGGGAGCAUGAGGAGGCAGCAGAGAACUACCUCCAUGCCCUGCAGGCCUUCAAAGACACUGAUGACUAUAAGGGCCAAUGGCAGACUUGUGAGUGUUUAGGGGAAGCUCGAUUUAAGUUGAGAGACCUGGAGAGAGCCACCCUCUACUACAAACAAGCUCUGGGUUUACUGUCAAAUUGCAAGGACUCGUCCAGCUCGGUCCAGGAGCGUCUGGUCAACAAGCUGAGUGAGGCCCUGCAACACAGGCUGUCACUGAUCACCCCUGGAAAACCCCAGGUAGUGAGUGGAGCUGGCUCAGCAGAGGUGUCUACUGGAGAGCCGGGGAAGGAGGAGGAAGCCCCGGAGCCAGAUGGAGAACAGGCACACACAGUGACCAUAGGAGAAGCAGGUGACUCCCAGUCACCGGUGACGGGAUCUCUCACUGAGCAGCCGGGCUAUCGGACUGUGCUGCCAGGGGCAAACAGGAAGGGCAUUUAA